AUGUCAUCCUAUUUCAUGUUCCAACGACGGCCUGGAGAAAGCAUUGCACAAUUCCUUGUGAGGGAAACAUUAGGUUUUGAGGAACUCCAGGAGGCCUUGCUACAACUCAAAGAGGAGAAAGACGGAGUCUCCCCUGCAGAUCGUUUGUUUGAGUUGCCUGAGAUCACCACCUCCGAGACCUCAGACAAGGGUGAACGCUAUUACUACCCUUGGCAUCGAGAUCAACGCUGGCGUGAUUGGGAGGAAACCCCUUUUGAAGAGCAGGUUGAGCAAACAGUUGAUGCCCCCGAGGGUUAUGCAGCAGUUCCCCAAACAUCCGAUGCAGGUGAUGAAGCAGCUCCUCACUCACCGGCGGGGUCGCCGAACCGGACUCGUCAAACACAGAGGAGCCCUUCCCGCAAGACAGAGCAACAGAGGAUGAUUGAUGGUUUGGGUCCUAUGGAUUCUUUUAUAUUAGAUGUUUUGCGUGGCUGGAGACUACUUGUUGCAGCAAGCCUUACAAAUGAUGAAUGGAGAGACAUCCUAGCUAGCACUGGCAACAAGCUCGAUUACCCGGCCAUCGCUGAGGCUCUUCAGACCCUAUGGGAUGAGCAGCUCAAUCAUCAUCAUGGAGCAUCUAAAGGUACAGUGUUGCAACAACAUUGGGUUGAGACCGCAGAUCCUUGGUACAAUGCUGCGUGGCACGAGUCUUCGUGGGACACUGAGGAUUGGCAUGAGUCGGAUUGGCACUCCAUGGACCAAUUUGGUGCGUGGCCUCAAGCUGUCAACGACCCAGUGGAUAACACUGCAACCACUGAUGAUGAUCCUGAACUCCAAGAAGCUUUGGAGGCUGAGAAGGCCGCAGAGGCCUUGGCAGUUGAAGCUCGUCGAACCUGGUCGCAAGCUCAGCAGGCUACAACAGCCCUUCGACGUGACCGUGGUUUUGGACAGUUUGCUGGAACCUCAUCCUCCAAAGGUGGCAAGGGAAACAUUCGUUGUCACAUUUGUUCAGGUCCUCAUUUUGCUCGUGAUUGUCCUGACCGUCAACAUCCACAGUACCGCAAGGGUGGUGGAAAGCAGUUGAGUCCAGCUGAGCUGGACGCCUACCUCUUCAAGGGCAAGGGGAAAGGCAUGCGAAAAGGGAAGGAUCAAAUGAUGUCCUCAUGGGACGAUUCCUACAUGGCGCCUUGGGAUGUGAUGUACACCCAGAAGGGCAAGAACAAGAAUGCUGGCAAGGGCGGAAAGCUUCGUUCCACCGUCAAUGUCUAUGGCAUGGACUAUGGUGGGAUGGAUUUUAGCAUGAUGGAGCUCCACACGCUUGAGUUCCAUGAGACGAUGGAAGCAGCUCCAGAGACCUUCACCGCUGGCAUGCAGCUACAGGUUGGAGGACCCAGUGGUGAUUGGUUUGAACUUGCUGUCAACGAGAGUGAUUCUUGUCAUGUCUCAGCAGUUGAUGUCCAUGUCACCAAGCAGAGCACUUCCAUGAGCACUGGUUUUGAGCUUUUGUUUCAACGCCGGAAGCUUUUGAAUGAGCAGUCGCAUUCCGCAGCUUUGGGCUGUCCAGUUGGCUCAACCUCACUGACGGGGUACAAGACCGCGACCCCACUGGAUCCAGAACGUCGUCAGGGUCACGACUUGAAGGAUCCUCGAGCUCAGCCAUCAUGCUGGCCGUGUCUCGGCAAGCACGUGCCCUCAGUGACUGGAAGCAACGCUCAUGGUUCAUGGGCCAAGUGCACCGUGUGUGCUCUCCGCGUGGAGUACAUUCCUCGUCAGGGGUCUCCGGCCAGCUCCGUGGUUCACAAGGAUCACACCUUUGUGGACAAGGCUCUGAGCAUGAUCCAGGAGGGCAUUCCGAAGGGUACUCUUCCGGACUACGAGAUGGUGGAGAAGACCUACGACUAUGUGGAAGCAAUGGACAAGAUUCGUGCCAUGAAGGCCAAGAUCUCCACCAUGGAAGCCGAAGCCCAGGGAAUGUUGAACAGCCUCGAGAUCAUGUACACCGGCUCCAAGAAGAAGACCACAAAGGCCACGGAGGCCGAGAGAAUUCUGGCUCAUUUGACGCCGGAGGAGUGGACCCACGUCAGCAAUCUGGCAUCGCAACGACAAGCCGGACAGAGCUCGACAUCGGAGAUGAUUCCCUUCAGCCCCAGCUCGGACGUGGAAGUGGAGGAGAUCACACCGGCGAAGGCCAAGAAUGAGACACUCGGCACCACCGUGCCGGAGCUGCAGAUUGAACAGUUCGCGAAAAAGGUUCAGUUCUCUGACGCUCCACCGGAGGUGCAUCAAUUCGUUGACACCACAGCUGAGACAGCUUCUGAGGUUCCCGAUCAGGAGUACACUUGUGAGACUGUGGAGUUUGAGCUUUUGAAGAUCGAUGAGGGCAAGUCCAACAAGUCCUCACGCCGUGGCAAGUCUCGUCGAGCUGCCAAGCAUGAGAUGGAAGAGCAGCUCUCUUCAGCACCGUCCCGUUCAUCUGGACUCUCCGUGCUCCCUUGGAGAAUUUGCCAGGCCGUGAUGGCCUUGAGUAGCAUCCUCCUUUUGGUGGCCCAGAAUGACCUGAGCACUUUGCUUCGUGGCCACCAGCAAGUCGAUGUCUGGGAGAUCUUUUGCGCUCCCGAUUCUUGGUUGAGCUCGGCCUGUCACUCGGAAGGACUGACUGCCUCCCGCAUCAAUCUCCACCAGAACUUCGACAUGUACCGUGCCGACACCUAUGAUGAGCUUUGGGACAAGUUCAAAAGAGAACGGCCUCGAGAAGAGCAGAUCCAUUCACUUCAGCUCGAAGCAAUGCCUCAAGAGCUGGAGGAUGAUGAUGAGCCCAACGCAGAACUUCGCAAACAGUGGGACAUCCAGCUGCUCAAGUACCACAAGGCAGCCGGACAUCCCAACAACUACAACUUGGCCCGCAUCAUCCGAGAAGCUGGUCAACCCCGCUGGAAGGUUGAGGCAGCCUUGAAGCUGUCAUGUGAUGAUUGCAAAGCCUUGAAGAUGGGCGGCACUUCUAGUGGCAAGAUACCACCAGCUUCCAUGCGGCCGCUUCCAAAGGCUUGGGAAAUGGUGGGAAUGGAUACUACAGAGUGGACUCCACCAAACAGCAAGGUGAAGUACAAGCUUUUGGUUCUGAUGGACUUUGCCACUCACUUCAAAGCUGGCAAGAUCCUACGCUCCAUGGAUCUCUACAAGCAGGAGAAUGAGAACACCACUGAGAUCCUCGAGGGCAUCUUUGACCUCUGGCUUGCUUCCAAGCCUAAGAUGACCAUUCUGGUCCCUGACAACGCGAAGUCUAUGGUCAGUGCCCAAGCUCGAACCACCCUCUCCGACCUCAACAUUCAGAUUGAAGUACCUCCAGCAAAAGAAAGCUGGAGCCAUGGCUUGAUGGAAAGAGCCGUCCAAGAGGUCAAGACCGUGGCCUCCAAGACUGCGCUCUCCUUUCCGGCGCUCUCUGCAAAGACCAUCUUGGCUCUCUCCAUCAACUCCCUCAAUGCCACAGAGGUCGUGCAGGGGUACACUCCUCAUCAGUGGGUGUAUGGGAAGCAGUUUAGCUUCUCAGAAGAAGAUGAGAGAUCCAUGCAGCAGAUUCUUCCUGAUGUCUCAGGCACUGACUUCAUCUCCCUGCUCUCCAAUCGACAACAAGCAGAGGAGAUUGCGAGAAAGGAUCAAAGGCCUCCAGAGAAGCGACAUCGUAUGAAGAGCCCAUGGUCACCACUUCAUGGACCACAACCUCCACCGGCUGUGCCAUCUCUGGAGUAUACUCCCUCAGAAGCACCUCUCAAUGAGUAUGAGGAUCAGCCAACUCACGCUGAACCAGAUGACACUGAGGAAGUGACCGGCACUGGCAUUGGCAGUGGCAUCCCAACCUUGGGUGAACGCUUCACCAACCUCUCGGACAACAAGCCCUUGAUCUCCUUGUCCUCCGACAGUUCCAAAGCAAGUGCUUCAGCAGCUGAGCCUGACUCCAAGAAGGCUCGCCUGGACUCCGAUGCCCUGAUCUUCCACGCCUUAGAGAUGUGCGAAGAAGGUUGGAUCUUGGACAUUGAGUUGGACUUCAAGUCCCAAAGAGAGAAGGAGCGUUUCAUCAAGCACCCUUCACUGUUCUUAGCUCAGAAGCUCCGUGACUGUGAGGUCAGAUUGGAAAAGCUUUCGCCCGCACAUCGUGAACUUUUUGUUCGUGCCAAGUCAAAGGAGGUCAACAGCUUCCUGACCAAUGUGGCUGUCCGUCGUUGCCUGGACAGUCACGAAGAGCAUGAAGCUUGGGACUCUGGGCGCAUCAUGCGCUGCAGGUGGGUUCUCACAUGGAAGCCCACUCCGGAGGAGAGCAUGGAAGAAGCUCUUCAAGAAGUGGCAUCCAAGCCUGAUUCCACGACCCUGACAUCCGAUGGCAAGAAGAAGGCCAAGGCAAGAAUUGUUUUGCUUGGUUUUGAACAUCCUGAUCUACUUCAUGAAAGCCAUCGUACUUCCUCACCAGUGCAAGCAGUUCUCACUCGCAACUUGUCUUAUCAGCUGGUGAUGGAAGAGGGUUGGGACAUUGAAGGCAUUGACAUGAGCACCGCCUUUUUGCAAACACUCCCCACUGAAGAGUCCAAGCGCCUGUGGACAACCGGUGUCAAGGAGCUCAGGGACGCUCUCCAGAUUCCCGAGCAUGGUGUGAUGCGCAUUUUGAAGAACUUCUACGGAAGCACCACGGCUCCUAGGAACCUGUGGGAGAAUGUUGACAAGAGCCUCCGUGACUUGGGAGCUGUGUCCAUUCAGGGCGAUGCCUGUUUCUGGAUUUGGUUUGUGGACAAUGAAGCCUACAACCCUGUCACGGAUCCUGAGCACUUCAAGCUGCGACCCCUCGGUUUCAUGGCUGGACAUGUGGAUGAUUUUCACCGUGCUGGCGAUGUCAAGGACAGUCGUUGGACACAGAUAAAAGCAGCCAUUGACAAACAAUAUCGUUGGGGCACAGCAAAGCAGAACAGCUACCGCCAUGCAGGUACAGAUUUGUCCAUGCAGAAGGACGCUAAGUUUGGGAGAUGUCUUGUGGUGGAUCAACAGUUUUACAUUGAAAUGUUGCAGGACGAGAUUGCGGCCUGUCGGACAUCACUUGGUGCCUUGCAGUGGUUGGCGGUCCAGUCACAACCGCUCAUCACUGCUCGCUGCAAUUUGCUCAUUACUGAGCUUUCCACGGAUCCCAAGAUCCAGAUUGCCCAGGAGCUACAAGAGAUGAUUCGGGAGCUGCGCAAAGAAGGGUCAACAUUGAAGUUUUUCAAGUUGCCUGGCGUUCGUCGUUGGACGGAUUUGUGUGUGGUUGGCCUGGGGGACCAGGCACACAACAACAGACCCCGUGGAGGGUCGACGGGAGGCAUGACAGUUUUCCUGUCAGGCCCUGACGCUCUCAAGGGCGUCCCAACACCAAUGUGUUUGGUGGCUUGGCGCAGCUGGAAGCUGAAACGGGUGGCGAUCGGCACCAACGAUGCCGAAAUGCAGGCGAUUGUUGAAACAGAGGAUGUGGUCUAUAGAACCAGACUGCUAUGGGCAGGCAUGCACGGCACCGGCUCCAUCUUCAAGGGCCGGGAUUUGCUGAGUCUCGCGGACUCUCAGGUGACGCGCUCACGAAAAAGAAAGGAGACUGCAGAGACAGCCUGA